AUGUCUCUGAAGAAUGAACCCCGCGUAAACACCUCUGCACUGCAGAAGAUCGCUGCCGACAUGAGCAACUUAAUAGAAAACCUGGACACCAGGGACCUCCAUUUUGAAGGAGAGGAAGUAGAUUUUGAUUUAUCCCCAGAGGAUUCCAAGCCCGUGCGCAUCCCUUUCUCCGCUAUCUACCACACUCAAGGAUUUAAGGACCCCAACAUAACAACCUAUCUCACUGGGUGUCCCAUCAAAGCCCAGGUCCUGGAAGUGGAGCGAUUCACCUCAACAACAAGGGUACCAAGUAUUAAUCUUUACACUAUUGAAUUAACCCAUGGUGAAUUUACAUGGCAAGUAAAAAGGAAAUUCAAGCAUUUUCAAGAGUUUCAUAGAGAACUACUGAAGUACAAAGCUUUUAUUCGAAUCCCAAUUCCCACCAAAAGGCACACAUUUCGAAGACAAAAUGUCAAAGGAGAAGAACCAAGAGCAAUGCCAAGCUUACCUCGGACAUCAGAAAAUAUGGUCAGAGAGGAGCAGUUAUCCAGUAGAAGAAAACAACUGGAAGAUUACUUGACAAAGCUAUUAAAAAUGCCCAUGUAUAGAAACUAUCAUGCUACGACUGAGUUCCUUGACGUGAGUCAGCUGUCCUUUAUCCAUGAUUUGGGACCAAAAGGCAUAGAGGGCAUGAUAAUGAAAAGAUCUGGUGGACAUCGAAUACCUGGUCUGAAUUGCUGUGGCCAUGGAAGAGCCUGCUAUCGGUGGUCCAAGAGGUGGUUAAUAGUGAAAGAUUCCUUCUUACUCUACAUGAAGCCUGACAGUGGAGCCAUCGCAUUCGUCCUUUUGGUAGACAAAGAAUUCAGCAUUAAGAUGGGGAAGAAGGAAACCGAAACAAAAUAUGGGCUCCGGAUUGAUAAUCUUUCCAGGACACUGAUUUUGAAAUGUAACAGCUACAGACAUGCACGAUGGUGGGGUGGGGCCAUUGAAGAAUUUAUUCAGAAACACGGUGCCAACUUCCUCAAAGAGCACAGGUUUGGAUCUUAUGCAGCGAUCCAGGAGAAUACCUUGGCCAAAUGGUAUGUGAAUGCAAAGGGGUAUUUUGAAGACAUUGCAAAUGCCAUGGAAGAAGCCAAAGAAGAGAUUUUCAUCACAGAUUGGUGGUUGAGUCCAGAAAUCUUCCUGAAACGGCCAGUGGUGGAAGGAAAUCGUUGGAGACUAGAUUACAUCCUCAAACGAAAAGCACAACAAGGGGUGAGGAUAUUUGUGAUGCUCUACAAAGAGGUAGAACUGGCCCUUGGCAUCAACAGUGAAUACAGCAAGAGGACCUUAAUGCGCCUGCACCCCAACAUAAAGGUGAUGAGACACCCAGAUCAUGUUUCUUCCACUGUGUAUUUGUGGGCUCACCAUGAGAAACUUGUUAUCAUAGACCAGUCAGUUGCCUUUAUUGGUGGCAUAGACUUGGCCUAUGGAAGAUGGGAUGACAAUGAACACAGGCUGACUGACGUGGGCAGUGUCAAAAGAGUCACCGUGGGACAGUCAACGUUUUCCCUCACAGGGGAGAUAGGAGAAUCCAAUGAAGCCUUGAACCAGAAAAGGAAAAGAGAACUUAAAAUCAGUCUCCCAUUUCCAAGAAGCACUGAUGAUUCUGACUCUAGAAUGAAAGGUGUGGGUAAAGGAAGCAAAUUCUCAAAAUUCAGCCUUUACCGACAGCUAUAUCGGCACAAUAUGGAAAAUGCCGAUAGCGUCAGCAGCCUUGAUAGUGCUUCAAGUUAUUUUAAUCAUUGUAGAAGUCGCCAGCAUUUAAUUCGAGGGUUAAGGCCUCACUUGAAAUUCUUGCGACAUUCCAGCGAGUCAGAACAAAGGCUCGCAGGCUCUGGAGGUGAUACGGGAUCCAUCCGUAGUUUGCAGACAGGUGUUGGAGAGCUCCAUGGGGAAACUCGAUUCUGGCAUGGAAAGGACUAUUGCAAUUUUGUCUUCAAAGACUGGGUUCAGCUGGAUAAACCCUUUGCUGAUUUCAUUGACAGGUAUUCUACGCCACGAAUGCCAUGGCACGACAUUGCCUCUGUGGUCCACGGGAAGGCCGCCAGGGAUGUUGCCCGUCAUUUCAUCCAGCGAUGGAAUUUCACAAAGAUUAUGAAGUCAAAAUACCGAUCCCUUUCUUAUCCAUUCCUGCUGCCUAAAUCUCAAGCUACAGCCCAUGAGUUGCGAUAUCAGGUGCCUGAUUCUGUGCCUGCCACAGUGCAGUUACUCCGUUCUGCUGCCGAUUGGUCAGCUGGCAUAAAAUACCAUGAAGAGUCCAUCCAUGCAGCGUAUGUGCAUGUGAUAGAGAACAGCAAACACUACAUCUACAUAGAAAACCAGUUCUUUAUUAGUUGUGCUGAUGAUAAAGUUGUCUUCAACAAGAUUGGUGAUACUAUCGCACAGCGGAUACUCAAAGCUCACAGAGAGAGCCAGAGGUACCGAGUGUAUGUGGUGAUCCCUCUCCUGCCUGGAUUUGAAGGAGACAUUUCAACAGGAGGUGGAAAUGCACUCCAGGCCAUCAUGCAUUUCAACUACAGAACUAUGUGCAGGGGAGAAAAUUCCAUCAUUGGACAAUUAAAAGCUGAAAUUGGCAAUCAAUGGAUAAAUUACAUAUCAUUCUGUGGACUUCGAACGCAUGCAGAACUGGAAGGAAACCUUGUCACGGAGCUCAUUUAUGUUCACAGCAAGUUGCUUAUAGCAGAUGAUAACACUGUCAUUAUUGGAUCUGCAAAUAUAAAUGACAGGAGCAUGCUGGGAAAGCGUGAUAGCGAAAUGGCGGUCAUCGUGCAGGACACUGAGACUAUCCCCUCUGUAAUGAAUGGAGAAAAGUACCAAGCAGGAAGAUUUGCCCAGGGACUUCGGCUUCAGUGCUUCAGGGUUGUCCUCGGCUAUCUCUCAGAGCCAAUUUCAGAGAUUCUUGAUCCUGUGAGUGACAAAUUCUUCAAGGAGGUCUGGAUCUCAACAGCAGCUCGGAAUGCUACCAUAUAUGACAAGGUAUUCCGAUGCCUUCCCAACGAUGAGGUGCACAAUCUCAUACAGCUCCGGGAGUUCAUUAGCAAGCCAAUAUUAGCAAAGGAGGAGCCCGGACGAGCAGAGGAGGAGUUAAAAAAGAUCCGUGGGUUCCUCGUGCAAUUUCCUUUUUAUUUCUUGUCUGAAGAAAACUUGCUGCCUUCUGUGGGAACAAAAGAAUCCAUGGUGCCCAUGGAGGUCUGGACUUAAGAGGAUGGAAGAUGUCUUCCCUGGUCCCCAUCUCCUCUCUUUCCCCACUGAAGAGAUCCCUGCCAGUCUACCUGGAAUUUUUAAAGAACAUGCUGGGUAUUUAGAUGGUCCAGACUGAAAAAGGCACAACUAGAGUGUUAGGAAGACACUAAAAGUCAGAACCAGACAAUGACUUAAAUAGUGGAAUGUGUUUGACACAUCUUAGGACACUGACUUGAUUGGUGAUGUGACAUUUGAGAGCGGGAUUCCCACAAGAGGAAGUAAAUGAUCCCAAGUGAGGACAGGGCAGUUGUGCCUGCAAAUGCUGCAGGGUGGCCUGAGGGGCCUUGAACCUGCUUCCCCUUCUGUGACUGCUGGAGCUGCUCAGGUCCCACAGGUCGUCAAGGUGCAGUUGGAGAUGUAUUCUGCACUCAAAGACAAGUUUGCUUGCUGCUGCUGACAGCCCACAAGUGGUCCUUGGCCAUCCAUUCCCAAAGUAAUAUUGUUCAUCCAGUAAGAGGAUUAGCAAUCAUGUCACUUUGUUAAAGCCUUGUUGGCCCUUUCUCCUUUUCAAGGAAAGAAAGGGCAGAGUGGACUUUUUCUCUUCUUGCAAUCCCAUGUUAGGUGCUGCCUUCCCCCCAACCCGCAAACAUUGCUGUUGUUUGUCUGGCCUUAAAGCCCCAAUAAGAGAGGACUGGAAAUUGUAAAGAGAAAAAACUGGGUUUCAUAUUAGGAAAAAGUCUGAAUAAUGAGAGCUGGCUAGAAGUAGAACAAAUGAAACAUCUAGAGAAAAGGAGCUCUCCAAAUAGAGACUGGAGGACCACCGGUUGAGUAUGCGGGAGUGGGGAGCUCUUUGGUGUAUAAGCUGGCGAGGUGGCCCAGGAGCACCGGAUCCAACUCCCAAAUUCUGACAAUAGAUUUCUACAGUGUUGUUGUCAAUCCAGGCAUUAUUAAAGUGGGCCACUGGAGCAAAGGUGGGCUGACCAAUUGAAUUUGAAAACAUUAAUCUCCAUUUUUAAAACUGGACUGCGAACAAAGCUCUUAGAGUCUCCAUGAAGGUUCUAUGCACAGAUCAAGGAGGAGAGGAAGCCUCUUAAAAUCCUGUAAAAGUUCUUUGUCUGUCACCAUUGUUGGCCUUUGAAAUUUUACAGUUUGCCAUCAAAAUAGAAAAAGCAAUUUUUUUUUUUUUUUUAAGGAAAAUCAGCCCUUGCACAAUCUGUGCUUUGUUAACAAGUCAGAACCACAGUUGUGGCUCACACCUUCCAUCCUGUCUUCAUGAACAUUCAGAGGGGAACCACAUGCCAUGUAUAUCCCUUGGAGUAGCAAAGAAACAUGAACAUUCCAUAAAGGCUAGCCAGAGGAUCCUUCAAGUCUCCAUCCGGCUGUCCUUCAUCCAUUUACUUCACCAUGGGUAUGAGGAGUGGCCAAAAGGCUUUUAGAAGGACGCCAUGCACUUCAACUCUGAGUGGACUGAUUUCCCAAAGGGCAUCCUGUUGCCAUCAAAAGAGAAGUCAACAUGGAUUCCCAAAGUCCCCAAUUUACCCAUUGUUAACGUUGGUUUUAUCAAAUGUGGUGCUAUGAAAUAAGCACAAAAAACAGUAAGACAUUGCCCUUGACUCGAUGAGCAUAAAACUGAGUACGUGUGCUCAAAGAGAUAACUAAUAACAUAUUGAAGGUGGUAUCAUAAGAUUUAGAUUGAAAAGAGUCAGACUAACCCCCUCAUUUUGCAGAUGAAGAAACUGAUGCUCAGAGAGCUGCAGAGUAAUAAAUAGAAGAAUUGAGAUAUAAAAUCCAUGUUCUCUGAGCUGAGCCAAAUUUGCCAUUUGGUUUGGGUUCUGUGUAGCAGGGAAGAGGGAGAGGACCUGGGAAAGCCAAGUUUUAAAUGGCGGCUUGGAAAAGAUGAAAUACACAAAUUGAGAUCACAGAAUCACAAGAUCAUGGAUUUAGAGCUACAGAGGACCCUCUAUGCUAUCAAGUCCAACUUGCUAAUUUUCAGAUGAGGAAACUGAAUCACAGAGAGGUUAAUUGGUUUCUUCAGGAAAACACAAUCAGCAAGAAGUCAUGAAUGGGUAUAAUUGGAAGAAAAGAUUCAUGUAUAAACUGGGACCACAUGAGAAUGAAAUAUAAUUAUAAAUACAUAAUCCACAUGACAGAGUCGCUUACAGAUUUGGCAGUAGGUGACACCUCAGAGAUUAUCUAUUCCCUUUCUCUAAUUUUACAAAAUUGAGGAAACUGAGACCUAGGAAAAUUAAGCCAAUUAACAUGCAGGUAGGAAGGAGCAGAACAUGGUUUGAACUCAGAUCAUAUAGUUCUAAAGGUAGGGCUCAUUUUGCUGCACCACAGUGCAGCAAAGUAACUGGUAGAUCUGGGAUCUGAUCUCUGACUCUCUGAUGCUAAACCUAGAACUUUUUCCAUGACAAUACACUACAUGUAGAUAUCCCAAUGCUGAUGAGGUGAUUGAAACCCAGAGAUGUUCAUUUGACUCUGCCAGAGUGCCCCAGGUUUGGACUUAAACCGACUCUUCUGACUCCUACUCCCCAUGCCAACACACGGAUGAAAGAGAGCAACAAAAGGAGUAAUGUUGUUGAGUCUUAGCCCAGCCUUCUUCCUGCUGGCAUCCAGUUAGAGUUUCUUCCAUUUGCCUUGUUUACAACCCUAAAAAAUGAAGAAUGGUUAGUGCCACUUAUCCCAGAAAGUGGGAUAUUCAUGGGUGUGUGUGUGUGUGUGUGUGUGUGUGUAGCUUUGAAUUGCAUCCCAUUUUGUAUAUUAUCCUGAAGGAUUGCUUUUGAACCAUACAACCCUCAGCAUCUGCCCCACUAAUCAUGUGCAAGGGCUGGGGGAGGAAAUCAGCCUAAAUCAUUCUGUGACAAUACUGCUCUUCCCAAACAGAAACAAUUAAGUUUCCCUAAAGCCCAGUCUUUAAAAAAUACAUACCCAGGAAACAUCUGGUUUAAUCUUCAGCAUGCAAGUAAUUCAGAGUGCUGAAAAGCUACUAUUAACCUUUUUGACAUUUCGAAUGGACUAUAAACUUAAUAGAUGUGUACGGCAAGAUACCUGCAACUGAUGUUCUGUGCAAAAAUACAUCUCUUGUCAGGGAGGAUGAAGCCUGUUGUUAAAGAAAUAGAUGAGUUGAAUGUAAGAGUAUGGUUAUGGCCACCACAUGGCCCUGAGCAAACCAGUUCCAAAAGGUGAACCUUAAUGGAUUGUGAUCAAGCAGAAGAUUUGUAAUUGUCCCCACUUGAUACUAUAGAUUGCAAGGCAACAGACCCUCCAUCAGGUCUUCCUAAGACUUGAUAUCACAGUACUGCCUUAAAGGGUACCAUAUUUUGUUUGCACAUCCUAGGACCACUAAGAAGAGUUUAUUUUUUUAAAGCACCAUAGCCUGAGCAAUAUCCUUUCCUUAAGUCUCAGUCUCUAGAUGAUUCAUCUCUUUCAGAUUUUCUAAAUCAUUUUAGUGUUUCAUCAAUUACCAGUUUUCCAAAAGUCCCAAGGAACAUUCUUGCGAUUACAGACAUGUCAAAAGGAUAGACAUUAUAAAUAAUAGUUAGAUAAUUUAUACUCCUGAGAUCCAAGAUUACACAUAGAGACAAUAGGAUAGAUCAUUUCCACUUCCAAGCUCCAUUAUUUCAUCAAUGUUUGGGCAUACCCUCCAUUGAUGCAGAUCACAAUCCCCUUGAUACUUAAUAAAUGGUUUCAUUAGUGUCUGUCUUUCCCUCCCUCGCCUUCAAAAAAGUUAAUGUUUCAUAGACCUAAAUUUCUGGUAGUGAGCCUCUGAAGUGUGCUAGUCCUUGGGUGAUUGACACAGUUGGUCCUACUUAUACUUUCCAGUUUGAGUGGAAUCUUUGAGUUUGAGUUUCAUUACCAGAGUUUGGGAGAUAGCUUGAUAACUUAAUGGAGGGAUAAAUUUAUACUAUGUAAUUAUUAACCCAGGGAUGUAGAGCUGGAGAAGAUCUUAGAGGCCUUCUUGUGCAACAUUAUACAGAUAGUAAAUUAGUCAUUUUCAAAGGAUAUAUGUGUGUGUGUGUAUGCACACAUAUACAUCCACACAUAUAUUUCUCUCCCCAGGCAGCUACUUAUGCUUUUUUUUUUUAGGCCAGCAAGGAUUUCAGCAUGUCUACCAAAAAAGGUACCUCUAAUGGAAUUCCUCUGACUGAACACAUACUUCUUAAGGGCUGUAUUCCUGGUAUAUUUGUAAUGUUGGCUCUUUUGUAUGUAUUUGAAUCACAGAUACUGGACUCAAUGAUUUUCCACUGUUAAAAUAAAAAAAGAUGGAUGAGAUCCCAAUGAAUUGUGUAAUGAAUAAAACAACUUUUUAAAAAA